GGAUGCCACCAAGUGGAACAAGGUGCAGUUUGGUAAUAUUUUUGCUAGGAAGAAAAACAUCAUGGCAAGAUUAGAUGGUAUUCAGUGUACCUUGUCAAUUCGGCCAUCCAAUUUUCUUUUGAAUUUGGAGAAUGCUCUUCUGAAGGAGCUUGAUAUGGUGCUGAAUCAGGAGGAGGAGCUUUGGGCUCUUAAGUCGAGAGUCAAUUGGAUGAUACAAGGUGACAAAAACACUGCCUUUUAUCAUGUUUCAACCUUAGUUAGGAGAAAGAGAAACCAGAUUGUGGCAAUUAAAGAUGCUAUGGGGGAGUGGUUGUUGGAAGAGGAUGAAGUUAAGGAGUUUGUUAAAAAUAGUUUUAAUGAUGUUUACACCACCUCGCUGCUUAGUGCCAGCAGGGCAGCCCCAGAAAGGUCUCAAUGGCAAGCCAGCUUAAUUGAGGAAGAGAAAACCAGCAUUAGUGGAGCUGCUACAGAGGAUGAGGUUAAAGCUGCUUUAUGGUCACUUAAAGCCUUUAAAGCACCAGGGCCGGAUGGGCUGCAUGCAGGUUUUUUCUAG